AUGCCUUUCACCUUCCAUUUGCUGUGGAUGCAGUUCCUGUUCCUCACAAAGAAGACAACUCUCGGCUUCACAAUCGCCCCAUUCUCUCAACCGUCCCCUUCAACAGCAGAGGGAGAGGAGAGGGGUCAGUCGCCCUGUUCUGCUUGGAGAUGUCACAGACUGAGGUCUUCAGAACACAGCUGCCUAUUCACACUCUCUCGUUGUAAUGCUCCAGGCAGUCCCCAGCACAGGGCAGUGGUGCCUGAGAGCCAUGCUCCAACACACAGCCUAGUCCGAAUGGCGGCCUCACUGAGUUUAAACGUGCUGCACUGGAUCCUUGUCCUUUCCGUCUCAGCUGCCAGUUCAUCCGUGUGGGCGUUCAGGGUAACUGAGGGCAGCACAGUGAUUCUCUCCUGUCAUUACUCAGUAAAGCAGCAUGGCCUGAGACAUGUGUGCUGGGGUCGAGACUGUGGAACUUUCUGGUGUAAUGACAUCAUCGUACAGACAGAUGAAAAUGGGGUCAUCUCCAAGGUCUCGGACAGGUACAGACUCAUUGGAGACGUCCUCUCUGGACAAAUGGACCUGGGCAUCCAGCGGAUCCAAAGGACAGACAGCGGGCCUUAUUGCUGCAGGACAGAUAUAGAUGGGCUUUUCAACGACAAGAAGGUGACCUAUACUCUCAAGGUCAUGAGAGCUCCAACAACAGUGCCUCUAACUACCACUACUACACUAUUCACCACAGAGCCACCACAGACUCAGACGGUGCCGUCUCUCUCACACCUUCCUAAAGAAACAGGGUCAUCAAGAUUCGACAUUUCCGGGCAAAACUUAACCGUACUGAAUCUGGGUGGUGUGCCUGAGGAAGCAGUCUCGACCAUCACGCUACAGAUUAACAUCCCUGUGCUGUCCCUGUCCCUCAGCCUGCUCUUGCUCAUACUGGGGGCUCUGGCCCUGCUGGCCUUCAAACGUGGGUUCCAUACGAAGGUGCUAGAGAGUGGCUGUUUCUCUAAUGAGCCGAGGCACAUCAUUUAUGAAAUACGGACAAGAAGACCAGUGGAGGAGAACAUUUAUACCCUGGACUAAACGCAAGGCACUGACACACACACACAUACACACGCACAUACACACACAAACUUUUUUUUUUUUUUUACUUUUGUAAAAUACAUUUUAUCUAGGUUAUUUAUGUUCCAUGCACAAAAGCAGCUUUUUAAAACUGUGGUUGUAAAGAGUGAAAGGUUAAGAAAUUGUGGAGAAUUCUAGAGUUUUUUGGCUAUUUUGUUGUUUAAUUUAAUUUAUAAGAGAAAACAGUAUUUUUAUUUAUUACAUUUGAUUAUCAUUCACACCCCAAAUGUACAAAUUUCCACAUAUUUAAUGUUUUUUCAUGUAUUUAAUCUCUAUUAGUCUCUAUUAGUUUGCUCAAAAGUUAUUGGAUGAGUAACUGAUAAAAAAAAAUGACCAGAGAUUUAAAAAAAACAGCGCAUUCUGUUUGAUUUGCAUGUACAGCAAUGUAAAAAAAAAGAGAGACAACUAAAAAUUAUGAGUUUCUUAGAUUUUUACCGAAUUGAAAACCUCUGGAAUAUAAUCAAGAGGAAGAUGGGUGAUCACAAGCCAUCAAACCAAACAUAUUUGUUAAGCCCAUUAAAUGAAAGCAGUCUAGGAGCAUUUGAAAAGCUAAAGUGGGUAUUUUGUGGGUAUAUGUUUUAUUUUUUGUAAAAUACCUUUGAUUUAGAAAGAUGAGCCAAACUGUUUACAGUUUUUAAGGUGUAUGCACAAUAAUUAUCUGAGGCUAGAAAAUAAAUAGCAUGCUUUAGCUUGUACACAUCAUGCUACACUGGGAACUACAACUUUAAGAAGAAAAGUAAUGUCAUCAUUUUACAUUAUGUAAAUGUUUUCAUGAACUGGCUACCAGAAUGGUCUUCAUCUAUAUUGUAUUAAUAAAUAUAAAUAAAAGUGCUUAAAAUCAUUCAAAAUAC